UAGUGUUCUAAUUUUUUUUAUAUCAUGCCCCUACUAAAACAAAAUCCACCGCUUUAUUAAAGGGAUUUUGACGGUUAAUCAAGUCGUGGAAAAUCAAAUUUCAUUUUCAUGGCGCCGAAAUCGUUCUUCGUUGAGCAGUUCUUCAGCUCGACCUCUCACUAUUCGCCCCAGCUUCACAAAUUCAGGUGUUUCUCCUCUCAACCCAACCGUAAUUUCACUGAUAAUCAUAGAAGUACCGAGCAACGAACGAAGCAGAGCUUCAAAAGACCAAAAUCAACGACAAAGACUAGCACGGCUAUAUCCAUGGCACGACUCAUUAACACCAACUCUUGGUCAAGUGAGCUCCAGUCAUCUCUUUCUUCUUUAUCUCCAUCCCUUUCUAAAACCACCGUUGAUCAAACUCUUCGCCUGAUUAAAUCCCCACAAAAAGCCCUUAAAUUUUUCAACUGGGUUCAGCAGAUGGGAUUCGUCCACAAUCACCAGUCUUUCUUUUUAAUGCUUGAAAUACUGGGCCAAUGUCGAAACCUUAACGUGGCUCGUAAUUUUCUUCUCUCUAUUGAGAAGAGAUCUGAUGGGUUGGUUAAACUCGAGGACAAGUUCUUUAAUAGUUUGAUUAGGAGCUAUGGUGAAGCGGGUUUGUUUCAAGAGUCUAUAAAGAUGCUCUCAAUGAUGAAAAGUAUGGCGGUUUCGCCUUCUAUUGUUACUUUUAAUAGUCUUUUGCUAGUUUUGUUGAAAAGGGGGAGAACUAAUAUGGGCAAGAAUGUGUUCGAUGAAAUGCUUAGUACGUUUGGUGUAACGCCAGAUGUUUAUACUUUUAACAUAUUGAUUAGAGGGUUUUGUAAGAAUUCAAUGGUUGAUGAAGGGUUUAGGAUUUUUCAAGAAAUGGAGAGGUUUAAGUGUGUCCCUGAUGUUGUUACGUUUAAUACAAUUGUUGAUGGUUUGUGUAGAGCCGGUAAGGUUAAGAUUGCCUGCAAUGUCGUCAAGGGCAUGGGGAAGAAGAGUGUGGAUUUGAAACCGAAUGUUGUUACUUAUACCACUUUGAUUAGAGGGUAUUGCAUGAAGCAGGAGAUUGAUGAGGCUUUGCUUGUUUUUGAAAAGAUGAUCAGUCAAGGAUUGAAGCCUAGUGGAAUUACAUAUAAUACUCUUAUUAAGGGUCUUUGUGAAGGAAGGAAGUUUGAGAAGAUAAGAGAAAUUUUGGAGGGAGCAAAAGAAAGUGGAGGAUUUAUUCCUGAUACAUGUACUUUCAACACAGUGAUGAAUGCACAUUGUAGUGAAGGGAAAUUGGUAGAGGCAUUUGAGAUAUUUGAUAAGAUGAGGGAGUUGCAGGUCCAGUCAGAUUCAAGUACGUAUAGUGUUCUGAUAAGGAGUUUGUGUCACACUGGUGAUUUUGAGAGAGCAGAGAAGUUGUUUGAUGAGCUGUCAGAGAAAGAGAUCUUGUUGAGUGAGACUGGGUGUGCUCCUCUGGUUGCAGCAUACAACCCUAUGUUUGAGUAUUUGUGUGGAAACGGGAAGACUAAGAAGGCAGAGACAGUCUUUAGGCAGCUGAUGAAGAGAGGAACACAAGAUCCUUCAUCUUUCAAGACUUUGAUCUUGGGACAUUGUAAGGAAGGCACAUUUAAAGCUGGCUUUGAUCUGUUGAUCUUGAUGUUAAGGAGAGAUUAUGUUCCUGAUUUUGAGACAUAUGAUUCAUUGAUUAAUGUUCUCUUGCAGAAGGGUGAACCUCUUCUUGCCCAGGAGACUCUAGAGAAGAUGCUGAAGAGCUCUUAUCUUCCUAGAACAUCUACUUUCCACUCUAUUCUUGCAGAGCUUGUGAAAAAGAAGUGUGCCCACGAAUCUGCAAGCUUGGUAAUGCUAAUGUUGGAGAAAAAAGUUAGACAAAGCAUCGCUCUUUCAACGCGCUCUGUUAAUUUACUCUUUGGUAGUGGACUGAGGGAUAAAGCAUUUCAGAUUGCUGCUUUGCUUUAUGAUAAUGGAUUUGUGAUUGAGAUAGAAGAAGUAAUUGGUUUCCUUUGCCAGAAUAGAAAGAUCUUAGAGGCACAUAAAAUGUUGUUAUUUAGUUUGCAGAAGAAUCAUGGUGUUGAUAUUCAUUUAUGCAGCACAGUUAUUGAAGGUCUUUGUAAAGCCCAUAAACUUUCAGAAGCAUUUGAAUUGUACUAUGAAUUGGUGGAGAAGGGGCUCCAUCAACAGUUGCCUUGCCUAGAAGAUUUGAAAAUUUCCCUAGAGACCGGUGGAAGACCAAAGGAAGCUGAGUUUGUAUUUAAGAGGAUGUCAAAACAGAGGUGACCAAACAAAUCUCCUAAUUAUGUUCAGUUGCAUGACACGAGUAAUCACCAUGCUCCCCUUCCCUAAAUCUCUGCCCAUUCAAUUACCAGGGGACUCCAAAGAUGGGGGAUGAACUCACUAAAUGUAUAUCUAUGCACUAUUGGGUAUAAAGUAAAAAUAUGUAUACCCACUUUUGAAUACACAGUUGGAUUAUACA